CGCCAAGUAGGGCAGGCCGAGUUUGCAACAGCCGGCACAAACAACCACCCACACACCCAUACAAUUGGUGCUUCACGUUCCACCAACCGAGGCCUUGAUCAGCGCAGCAAUCGGCGUGGUGACAAUGGAGUUCUUCCCGGGUGCGUACAAGAAGGCAACAGCGGCGCUCGACGAGGCGGCGAGGGCGCGGCUACGGGGCCCGUUCAUCAGCGACACCGUCGCGCCAUCGCCGGCGCCGUCCGGCGGCGCUGCGGACGCCGACGACGAUCUGAUGGAUUCGGUCGACGAGUUCUACAACGGAUACGGCGAGCACGGCACGGACGGCGGCGCCGUCGCCAAGGAUGCCGUGGCGUCCCGGGCUACGGAGUGGAAGGAAGCUUUGCGAUUGACGCUGGCGGAUGCGGCGGCCGACGCGGCAGCCGUACGGAUCCGCGCCGAGGCGGAGCGCAUUGUCCGAGACGCCGGGCCAGCCGCCGUUGGCGGCGGCGGCGGGAUUAGGAAGCACCUUGUGGAGCGGCUCCGUGCGAGGGGUUACGACGCCCGUCUCUGCAGAUCGUCGUGGGGAAGAACCAGCAGCAUCGCCGCGCCGGGCACGUACGAGUACGUGGACGUGACAGUGGGCUCGCCGCCGCCGCUGCCGUCAGCUCGCUACAUCGUGGAGGUAAACGUGGCAGCCGAAUUCGAGGUCGCGAGGCCGAGCGCCGAGUACCAGGACCUCCUCUCCUCCCUGCCGCCAGUGCUCGUGUCGAGUCCACCAGCUCUGAAGGAACUCGCCGCGGCAAUGUGCGCCGCAGCGGCGGAGUCCAUCCGCGGCGCGGGCAUGCACGUGCCGCCGUGGAGGCGCGCGUCGUACGUGCAGGCCAAAUGGUCCGCGCGGUUCGAGAGAACGGAAGCCGCGGCACCGGUGGCGGCGGCGACGGGGCCACGCGCUGAAGGAGGACCGAGGGCAGCAGCGCGUGCCCGGCGGCCUGGCGUGGGGAAGAAUUGCGGAAUGGAGAUGGGACGCCGGCAGGGGGUCAUGGGGCGGGAGGCACUGGUGAGAGUGAGGCCCUUGUUCAGAGGAUUCUGAGUUGUGACGUGGCAGGAAGGAUCGCGGGAGGGAGGAUUGUUCAGGCUUUCAGAGGCCUCUUUGUUUUCGGUAGCAGUAUUCUCUUGGGCCAUGAAUUAUGUAGAAUUCGUAUGACUCAUAUUUUGGCGUGAGGGUUAAAAAAUCAUAUUGAACUUACUGUAUAUGGCUGUACAUUUUGGUUCCAUGAUUGAAUUCGUAGGUAGUACCAACAUGUAUAUGGGAUAUGGUAAGACAUCUUUAUGUCAUCCUAUUAAAUUGUAACAGAUGCUGUGAUAAAAAAAACUAAUGAUACUAUUUUCUAUUAUGU